CUUGUACGGCAGUCUAGCCACAGAGUGAGCAUGUAAACCAGCCAGAAAAUACGCAUCAAUGCCAAGGCACCAAAAUAUGAUUGCGGCUGUUCUGCUGCUGUGUGCUGUUGGGGCACUGUCUGAUGAUGGGAAGACCCCACCAUGUGUGCCCAGUGAUGAAGCAGAAUGUUUGCUACCAGCUGAUUAUCAGAAUCGAUCUGGUCCCAUCAGUAAAGUUUUGGCGGUGGGUAUGAAACUCAUCAUCUCCCUGGAGAUCCUCUCUGGAUAUCCUGUCUGCCACUGGAUCAGAGGAGAAAACCGAUUAAUAACAGUCAGAAAUGGGAGUCAGUCCAUGGUCACAUCACAGCUUUCUGAGACAGAUUCAGGGGAGUACACUCUGACCUGUGAAUCCAACAAUGCCACCAUUUCCACGACUGUGAUUCUUCAUGUAGUAAUGAAACGUCCAACAAAACCACAGCUGAUGCUCGAUGGUAUUGACGUAGUAAUGAAACGUCCAACAAAACCACAGCUGAUGCUCGAUGGUGUUGAUGUGCCAGAUACUUCCCCACUUUUUAAGUGUGUCUCUGAGGGUUUCCCCAAACCCACAAUCAAAUGGUCUGGUAACAAGCAUGAACAGAGUUUAAAGGGAAGCGACAGAAAGACAGAGAGCACAAUAUCAAGCAGUGAAUAUUAUAAUAGAGGAAUGAUGUGCUGUGCAACCAAUGCUGAAGGACAAGAGUGCUCCCAACUGUAUGACUACGACUUACAGAGCAGCGUAAUGAACAAAGAUGAGGUAUCUACUGUUACCCUGAGCAAAGGUCAGUCUCUGCUGCUUCGCUGCAGAGUUACAGGAUACGGUCUGAGAUCACCUGUGUGGGAGAAAGGAGGAAAACAGCUCCAUGACAGGACACUGUCACGUAAACCAGAGAAGGAGGAGGAGAUGUGCAUUAAAAAUGACUCACAUUUCGCUGUUCAGAUGGCCUACCUGUUCAUCAGAUCAGUGAGAGAGGAGCACAGCGGCACAUACACCUGCACGAGUACAGAUAAAAACUCAAAGUCUGUUCAUGUUGAUGUCUCAGAUGAAGGUUUCCUCUCUGCACAGCUGGAUGAGACCAAGAUCAUAUCAUCUCAGGAGGCAUCCAGCACCUGCUUGAAGGCCACUGUUUCCUACCAUCCUGUUCUCCAGCACUGUUCCUGGGAGACUCCUGACAAAAACUGUGAAACGGACUCAUCCUGGGAUGAGGUCCCAGAUGCAUUUAACGCAGACUCUGAUGUUUCCUGCAACAAGACGAUUAAGAGCUCAGUGAGCAAAGACGUGUUAAAAGGAGACCAAUUCAGGUUUUGUCUGACAAACUCAGUUGGCUCCUGGUGCAAAACCCAUUACAUGAUCAUCCCACCUCAGUCCUCUAUUGGUAAGCCACCUGAGGAGAACUCCUUCCUGCUGAUAGUAUGUGUGGUUCUGGCUCUGGCUUUGACACUCGCCAUCAUGGUGCUCACGUAUUUUGUCAAAAAGAAGAAACCUCAAUAUCAGCCUCAGCUUCAGAUGAUCCAGAUGACUGGACCCAGUGAUAAUGAUUACAUCUACAUCAACUUCAAGGACUUUGAGUAUGACAGGAAAUGGGAGUUUCCCAGGGAGAACCUUGAACUGGGUAAAGAACUGGGCUCCGGAGCUUUUGGCAUGGUGGUCCAGGCUACAGCUUAUGGCAUCAAAAAGCCUGGAGUCUCGCAGAAGGUGGCCGUUAAGAUGCUGAAAGAAAAACACCAGACUAUGGAGAAGGAGGCUUUGAUGUCAGAGCUCAAGAUGCUAACUCACAUUGGACACCAUGCCAACAUUGUCAACCUGCUCGGUGCAUGCACAGACUCUGGACCAGUAUACCUGAUUUUCCAGUACUGCUGUCAUGGAGACCUGCUGAAUUACUUGAAAAACAACUGUGAACGUUACCACAAGUCUGUCACCGACGCUUUUGACAAAGACCGUUUCAGAAGCCUCUACCACAACCUGCAGCUCAGGAAAUGCCCCAGUGCGCUGGAAGCACCAGUGGAUAAUUACGUGCCUAUGUACACCGCUAACACAAGGGGGCAGGAGGACAUCGCACUCCUUACCAUCAACUCUGACAAUGUGGACAGCUGUGAAGACCCAGAGAGCUUUGAAACCCCAGACGAGCAGACGGAAGACCUGGAAGCCCUGACCUUUGAUGACCUGCUGAGCUUUGCCUUCCAAGUGGCAAGAGGCAUGGAGUUCCUCUCCUCCAAGAAUUGUAUCCAUCGGGACCUGGCAGCUCGAAAUGUCUUAGUGACAAACGGCAGGCAGGUGAAAAUCGGUGACUUUGGACUCGCCCGGGACAUCGACAACGACUCCAACUACGUCGUGAGAGGAAACGUGCGUUUGCCAGUAAAGUGGAUGGCUCCUGAGAGCAUCUUCCAGGGAAUGUACACCAUGAAGAGCGAUGUCUGGGCUUAUGGCAUUCUGCUCUGGGAGAUCUUCUCACUCGGUGUCACGCCAUACCCGGGCAUAAAGGUGGAUCAUAUGUUCUAUUCAAUGAUUGAGAGAGGAUUUAAGAUGGAGUGUCCAUACUAUGCCAGCGAAACUGUGUAUGGGAUGAUGCAUAAGUGUUGGGCCCUGGAUCCCGCUAACCGCCCCUCUUUCUCCAAGUUGGUGUCCUUCCUGUGUGACCUGCUCCUAGACCGAGAGGAGAAUCUCUACCAAAACACAAUCAAUCAGACUUGCAGCGACUACCAGAAUGCGUCGACCAUCGUUGACAUGUCUGCCUUGACCAAAGCAAGCGAAGAAAAGAAAACCCAGGCCACCAAUGACUACUGUCAAACCUGUGCCACUGAAGAAAAGAGAGCAGAAACAUGUGCCGGAGACACUGUGGCAGCUGAGAAGGAGCUUCUGAAACCAUCCGAUGCAGAGUGAUCGCCUUUAUACCUUUAUUUUUAUCCGUAUAUCCAACAGCUUGCAUAACAAUACUGAUAAAAUGGUACUAACCUAAGAUUUUAGAGUAGAAUGUACUUGCUUUAUAUUAUAUUCAAGGAUAGCGAGCAGUUUUGCUAAAUUAUGUUAUUUUACAAAAUUUUUUUUUAUUUUGUGCAGUUUUUAUUGUGCAGCUACAAAAUACAAUUAUGAAACUAAAAUAUUCAGAGGAAUGUACUUUAGAGAUGUAGCUAUGGAAAAAAGAAUUCUCCAUUACGUUUAUAUGAAGACUCAGGAAUUUAUUACAUGUUGCAUAUAUUACAUUGUUAUACAUGGCAAUGUAACGUCUAUGUUUUUUUCAAUACAUUUAUACGCCAGCAGGGAAUGCAAGCAUUAUAUUUUUUGUACACAUUUAUUUUUUUCAUAAUAAACUUUCUUUAUAUAUUUUACUGGAACUUUUACACUAUGUUACAUUUUAUCUACAACAUUUUAUCUUCCAGCAUUACACCUGCAAUAAAAUGUACUUUAAAUAAAGAAACUAAUUUGGCCAUGC